UUGAAAAUAUAUCUAUGUGUUAGAAAAAUGAAUCAAAAUACAAAAUACACUAACUGUUAGUAGACAUGAAAUUUUAUCCUGACAGAAAAUUAUAUGAAUAUAAAAUAUAUGACAAUAGUUUUCCCGAAAAGUGAUUUUCAAUAUAAUUAUGAUGAGUUAUUCUUAAACAAUUAAAAUCCAUUGCCAUUAUUUGAUAAGAUAAUUGAGAACGACGGACUUAGAUCUAAUCAAAUUCCGUGGAUGUAUACGUGUUUACUGUUAAUUUCUUUCUAUCUCGGCCUAGUGUAAAUUAAGUACUUAAUUUAACUCAUAAUACAGUUAUUUUCUUGAAACCAUGCAGGGACCUACGUCUCUGAUUGUACCAAAUCAAUUCAUAUUAUACACACGAUCUCUAAAUUGUCUUUUACAUGUAUGCAGAGGCAUGUAAAACAAAUCUGAUGUACAUAUAUGUAUGUAUGGUGGAGAUUCAUUUUUUUUUCGUUUAAAUUCUAAUAUUUAUGUAUACAGUAACGUUGUGAUAUCACUACUGGAGAAAAGUUUAUAUAAAGUUUUGCCUGUAAUCUAAUCAAAUUCUAUAUAAUGAAGUUUGUUGAAAGCAGAAAUCGUGAACUCUUUAGGCACGGCGCUGUUAGGUGUUUUUCGAGCUGUAAUGAAUAUUUACUGUGCGCGACCUGUACGAAAUCCAGCCAGAGUUAUCCCCCUUAUAUUUGAUGGUGAAACUUUACAAAACACAGCUGUACAGUAGUUGUUAUGAUGUGGUGGUUCACGAACAUGUGAUAGUUAAAAGCUACCCUGGGUUCCAAGACGGCAGUCACCUGUGCUCAAGAAUGGACCUAACAAGGCAGAGAAAUGGACAGGAUAGCAGGGAUAGAGAGUGAUGUUGGGAGGAAGGCCUUGAUUCUUUGUGCUUCAUAUAUACUUUGUACAGUGCCUUGAACCUCUGAAACUCUGGCCAUGGUCGUCCCAUAGUCACACGUGCAGAUGAUCCUCAGCUAUAUGUAUUAUAUAUUUCUGCAUAAUAAAAUAUAUAACUGAUCCCAUAUUAUAUAUAGAAGCUUAGACAACAUUUCCAUCACCAAUUUUAUCAUAAGCAUUUCAUCCAUUAAAAAUGACGAGCAAUCUUCUGGCCCCAAUUGGUGUUUUCUGGGACAUCGAAAACUGUAAUGUGCCCCGUUGGAAGUCAGCCUUAACCAUUGUAAAAUGUAUCCGAGAAAAGUUUUUCGUUGGCAGACGAGAGGUAGAGUUCCUGUGUGUGUGUGACACCACUAAAGAAAAUAAGCAAGUCAUUCAGGAUCUCAACGCAGCCCAGGUGGAUGUUGUACACAUCAAUGCCACCAGUAAGAAUGCUGCUGAUGACAAACUUCGCCAGAGUCUCCGGCGCUUCACUGACAAAUAUCCCCCGCCAGCUGUUGUUUUACUUAUCUCUAGUGACGUCAAUUUUGCAUCUGAUUUGUCAGACAUGCGUCAUCGAAAGGGUUACCAUGUGAUCCUGAUCCACACGAAACAUGUACAUGAGGCUCUAAAACUUUGUGCCAAUGAGCACUUUCUUUAUGAGGACCUUGUGCAGGACCUUCCACAUCGCGAGCCUGAUCAGUCAGAGGAGGGUCAGAAAGAGCUAGUAGUGGUAGGAUUCCCUACCAAUCAGCCAUCCAAGAUGGUGGAGAACUGUUUGAAGAGGCUGUCGACGAAUUGUGGAGGACGAGUGAUCAGUGUUACAGCCAGCUAUGCCUUGCUUCGCUUCCCCAGCCAUAAUGAUGCUGUCAGGGCCAAAAAGAGGAUGACUGGAGAGCAAGUGUUUAGCAGUACAAUACAGGUGGACUUUGCUGUAGCCCCUACAGAUAUUCCAACAGCUCAAGGUACAUCUGUAUUAUCUUUAGGUACCAUAAGCCUUCCGGACAAAAAGGAUUCCUCCCCAGAUCCUAAGCCUAAACGACGCAGAUAUCGGCGCUCCAAGUCCCGAGAGCAGCCGAAAUUAUCACCUUUAUGUCACAAAGAUCAGUCGAAAAGAAAGGAGAACACACCUAAUGGUCAAAAGUUAAGUCCAAAAAAGACAAAUAAGGCUGUAAAAAUGACAACCGAGUCACCGAGUCAGGUAAGUCGUACUACAGUGUCACAAGGCGAUACACCAGUGAAGGAUGACGGUCAGUCUGAUAUAAAAACUGUAGUGGAUAAAUUUUCCAAGGACAAUAAGAGUAGUCGACAAGUGUUAUUGCUGCAGCAGCAAUUGUACCAGGAGGGGCAGGAAACUCCGCCUCAGGCCCGCCCCCAGUCACAACCCACACCUGACAACAAACAUUCUCCUGACACCUCAGGCUUCAAAAAGGGUCAAGGUCAUUAUAGCAUGUUUGGCCAGUCACAUGAUGACCAGCUUUAUCAACAAGGAUCAUCUUAUGGUUACUACAGUCACAAUACCUGGGGUCAGAACCAUUACCAGAGCUAUUCUGGUUACUAUGGAAACAACUCUGGAUACUAUUGUAACAGCACUGGGUACCAUGGUAACAAUAACACGCAUAACAACAAUAUGGAUUCUCAAUCAUUUUAUGGUUAUAACAAUAAUUCUUUUGAAAAAGAGGGAGGAUUCCAUCCUUCCAAUCCAGACUUAAAUCGUUCCUUUUGCAGUUCUGACUUGGUUCGAAGACCCAGGUAUAACUCAACAAAUAACACAUAUAGACAGCACACCUACAACCCUCACAAAGGUCUUGAUUAUGGACCGUCCCCACCAACACCAUAUUUUAACCAACGUCAGAGUCCCUACAACAACUAUGCUCAAGAUCGUCAGAGUCCCAGCUACCACUCCCUUGACCGCCAGAGUCCCUAUCAGAAUACCUCCUAUAAAGCAACCUGUCAUCUGUUGGACAGAGCCUCGCCAUAUAUGACUGCUUUUCAGCCGAUACGAAGUGACAGCCCGAGUACUACAGCUAGCUCUCCUUGUGAGCAGGACUCUCUAGACUGGGACAGCCUGGUGGGUCCAGUGGAACUACUUAUUUCGAACCUUGACUACAACAUCAGUGCCAAGGAAUGGAGGAAGAUCCUCUUCACCACCUUCCACCCCCACGUCAGGGUUCUGAAUGUGCAUGUGAAGGCCCAGCCUGAUAAUACCAGUAUAGGCAUGGUGAAGGUCCCCAGCAAGGAGGAGGCACGAUUCGCAAUCUCACAAUUCCAUCGCAAAAAGAUCGGCUAUAAACGUAUACAUGUGACUCUAAAGAAUGAUGAAGGACAGCAUCCAGCCAACACCACUAGGGCUGAGGCAGUGACCUUACUUCUGGAGGCCAAGGAUAACACCCUACCAUUGUUUAAGUUCAUAGAGCUCUUUGACAAGAGGUACCACCGAUCUAUUAGUGUAUCAGAGCUGUACAAGAUGAGGGAUGUGAUUGACAUUAGAGAGCAGGGAGGGGCAGGGCGGAUGGUCUACCUAGCCUCACGGCCACAACAAACCACCCCCAACACUGAAAUAGCUGAUGGUGAGGUACAAGAGAUCCUGGAACAGCCGGUGUGUACCAUCCACUGUCCAGAGGGCAGCACUAUGUAUGCAGAGGCCAUCAACAGCUGCAUGCUGCCCUAUGUCAAAAUGUCCAUCAAGAUGCUUGGCCCACAAGUGCACUCUCUUCUACAGACACACGACGGCCACAUGCCACUGAUGAGCUUUCCAAUGUGCUACAUUGCUGAGUUCUCCAGCCUACCAAUUUCACUGCAGUCUCAGGGUGGUGUACCACUUGAGCAUCUCAUAAGCUGUGUCCCUGGUAUCCAGAUACAGGUGUCAGCUUCAGGAGUUAAGAAAGUCCAGUGGGCGGAGAACCAGACCUCUAACGCAACAGAUGUAGCUCGCCCUGUGGUAAGCCCUCUGCUGAAUCAGCAGCUGAACCAAAUAUGUCGUGAGAUGACCGAUCUUUUGAAGCAGAGUCCACAGUGCCGCAUGCCAAUGAGUAAAUUCAUCCCCUCCUAUCAUCACUUCUUUGGGCGGCAGUGCCGCGUGGCAGACUAUGGAUAUAGUCGCCUGAAAGACCUGUUUGAAGCUAUUCCUCAUAUAGUACAGGUGCUGGGGACUGGUGACAGAAAGCUGUUGACUCUGAGUCACAGGGCCCAGGGGAGACGCUUCACUGCUGAUCUCACCAAGCUGCUCAAGGUCCAGCCUGGCAAGAGGAUUGGGAUCAAGGCUCUUCCUGAAGCCUGGGCCAAAUUUUACAAUAAGGUGUGGGACAUCACAGAGUAUGGAAUGUCACAAUUAGAUGACCUGUUGACAGAGGUUCCUCCAACAACUGCUGUGGUGAUUGCUGAAGGUGGAGAAAAUGUGAUUGUCAUACCUCGGAAAGAUCAAAGUGUCGAAGAAGUUGAACGAACCCGUCAGUUCUCCCUUGAGGUAGUGGACCUUCUCCGUCACAACCCCCAGUGUCGCAUGCCCUUCAACAAGUUCAUACCUGCCUAUCACCAUCACUUUGGCCGUCAGUGUCGCGUAUCUGACUAUGGCUUCAGUAAACUCAUGGACCUGUUUGAGGCCAUUCCACAUGUGGUGGAGAUGGAGGAGGACAGUGAGGAGCGGAUGAUUCACCUGACUGAGCCGGAGCUGCGUAAGAUCCUAGCGGAACAGGUGGUGAGCUUGUUGAAGUACCAAAAGAGUGAGUGUCUCCCACUUCACCAUCUUAUGUCAACGUUCACCUGUCAUUACGGCUUCAACAUCCCACUUUACGACUUCAAUGUUGAGACAGAAGAAGACCUUAUGAAGAAGCUACGACAUGUUGUCAAGGUGGAGAUGGUGAACAGGUGUAAGUAUGUGAUGUUGGUGAGUAAGACGGAGAUGCCUCGCCUAGCUCAUCACAUCCUGCAGCUGAUGAUGGACCAGAGUGGAGGUAGUCUCCCUUUAGUCGAGCUCGCCAGUCGCUACAAAUCACAGUAUGGUCAUGACUGCGACAUUAAACAAAUCAAGGAAGAACUAUUAGAUUAUGUUCAGGUAAUCGGAGAUGACGAGUCGGCAGUAAUCAGUCUAACGCCCCUGCAGGCAUUUGCUCGUGAUGUACGUCUCCUCCUCCAUGAACAGGGACGUCUGUAUUUGACUCAGUUUGAGCGGGUAUACAAAGAGCGUUUCGGGGUAGAACUCAAACCUGCUUUGUUUGGCUACCCAACAACCUUAGCUUUGCUGCAGACUAUCCCAUACAUAGCCAACAUCAGAGGCAAGGGUCCCCGCAAAUACUGCACCCUGUCACCAGAGUUCAAAGCUGGCUUGCCUGCCUACAAGGACCAGGAGGAAAUGAGGGACUAUGUGCAUCGGCCUGCCUCUGACACUCAGUCCAGUGACUCUGGUGUCACAGACAACAACCCUGAAGAUGAUGAACUCUGUGUUGAAAGUGCGGCCAGAAAAUCACAGAAAGUUGACCUUAUGUCCAGCCAUCAGUCAGUGGAACAAUCCAUGCCUACACGGUCACUGGAUCUGCUCUCUGCCCCUGUACCUUCAGCCAUCCCGUCCCCGGACCUAAACCCAGAAGAACAACAGAUCCCUAACCUUAUGACCUUCGAUAUUACUUGUGCAGAUAUACAGGAGAGAAUUUGGACUCUGACAGACAAUGAGAAGCGAGGACAGAAGACGCCAUUGUGUCGAACACCAACCUCGGAGCUUUUAAACUUUGCUGCCCAAUGUCUGAUCUCUCGUCCACCACCACCAGCAUCUGGCGGGUCCACGCCCAGUCUGGACAGGGCGACAACACCUCAACUCCUCAGGAAAGGGGAGCAAAGUCAGGCAGAGGUCACAAAGGGUGAGGUAGUUGAUGAUCAGGGUUGGUGGAAGGCUAGCGAUUCACAGCUAACAGAAAUGAUGCAGGUUUUCUCAAGAAAGGAAGCCCCGACCAGACAGGAAGUGGAUGGAGCAGGACCUGUAAGAGGUCGUGAGCCAAGAGAAGUGUGUACUACUGACACUAUGUUAGUUCAAUCUGGGGCUUCUGCUUCAACAACAUCUUCUGAAAAAUUAGAAAAUUCCUCUUCACAAAAGGAUAACGCAGCUAGUUUUAGACAGAGCCAGGACAUCCCGAGCGCAGGUCGGGUACAAACCUCUGACAGUCAGAUCGAUUUGAAGCCAGCCUCCAGUCCAGAUACACACAUCCCAGUAUCCACCACAAAAUUGCCCUCACAAGUGUCUCCUACUAAGGUGUCAACAGGUCAAGUAUCCUCUGCCCUGACAUCUACUGAUCAAGUAUUCUCUACAAAGGUCUCUACUGGUCAAGUGUCAACUAUUGAGGUGUUGACUGGUCAAAUGUCCACUAGCCUGGCGUUUACAGAAAAUCAGUCUUCUAUGACAUGUAGCCCAGGUAAGCAAGUGCAGACGUCUGCUCCAGUCACUAUGGCUACAAGUCCAGUCGUUGGUAACAAAAAAGCUAAGAAAACAGAAACCACAUAUAAUAAGAAGUCUAAGGAUACUGUCCUAAAGCACAAAAUUGUGUUGCCAAAAUGUCUGCCAAAGGAGAAAACAAUAAAAUCCUUGACAGAUACAGCCUGUUACGACAGCAUAUUCCGACAAGAACCACCCCUGGAUACCAGUUCUGUUAAAUCUGACACCAGCACCCUAAGUGAUGUUUCCCAAGGGUCACCUCGCAAAUCUCCACGCAAACAACGCAUUGCAGCUCGCUUUGACAACCCAAUGGAGCCUGUAUCACCUCCAUAAAAUGUGUAUAAAAGGUCAGGAGGAAGUUUAAUCACAAUAACUUGAUUAUUUGUUGCUUUAUUUUCUUAUUUUUUUGCUGAUGAUAAUGAUUUAUUCGGGAGAUUGCCUUCCCUAGGCAGAAUUAGAUAUGUAUUGUGUACUGUAUUUGACAUAAUUAAGAGCCUUUGUGAUGAUUGCAUCUUGGCAUUUCGGAGUGAUAUUGUCACUGCAAACUGGACAGUAAAUUGGAACAAAGACUAGUAAACAAAAAAGUCGAAAAAAAACUAGAAAGUGAUUUAAAAGGACCCUUAAACUUUGUUUUAUUUCAAAGGGAUUUAUGUGUUCUGUGUUAAUUAUCCUCAAGAGCAGUCUGGUCCUCCUUUUUGGUAUUUCCGUCUGUUUCUACAGUAUAUACCUGUUUAUAGUAUUGAAUGUAGAUCAGAUGUUGAAUUUUUGUACCAGUAGGUAUGUAUUGUUUUCUUGAUAUUUUGUAUGAAAUAACAAUCAUGUCUUGGUAUUUAUAAUACCAAGCAGUCUUGGUAUAAAAAUCAAAUAUCAUUAUUGUAAGGAUAUUUGUUGUUCAAGCAGUGGUAGUGGUAUGUGUGUGUAAAUACCAAAUUAUUGAUUGUCUGUGUUUAUGCUUCGUAGUUUGAUAACUGGAUAUGCUAUACUACCAGUAAAUCAUUUAUUCUAAUUAACCCUUUCAGCCCUAUGUAACUUUAGUAGACUCUACCAUGCAUUGAUCUGGACGAGUCCUUUGUGGUCUACAGUGUUGAAAGGGUUAAUGCCCCAUUCCUCCACAACAGUUUAGUUUGCCUUUCGUAGGCAUUAUUUACUUUUAACAUGUUGGCUCACCAGACAAAUAACACUGAUACAAUGGCUCAACAUUUAUCUUCUAUAAAUUGCUCUCAAGUUUGUUUGAUUAAUUCACAUGCACCCACUUUUAAGGUCAAAGGGGUCAAAUGUGUUCUUCAAACAACUUCUUCUAAAGAACAAUGAUGCCUAGAGUGGUGAAUGUUAGACUUAAUGAAUGUCAAGGUUACAGGGGUCAAAUAUGCAAGAACCCACAACUUCUUCUAAAGUAGCUUAAUGCUUGGAGUAAUACCAUAUGGCUUGUAGUUUUCUGGUUUGAUUGCUACCAAUUUCGUCAUGACAAAACACAUUAACCCACUAUCAGAGUCAAGGUAGUUUAAUGCUACAAAAAUUCACGUAACUUCUGCUGAAGAACCUUGACACUACCUGAAGACAUUUAGCUUGUAGCUUAGCUUGAAUGAAGUUCUAUCAAGUUCAUGAAAUCAAGGACUUUUUUGAUAGUAAAAUCAUAUAAUGUGUUAUCAAGUGAGUGAUGCAGGCUCUGUUUGCCUCUUGUUAUACAUUUGAGUUUGAGGUUUUGUUCUGUAAAUGGUUACUUUUUCAUUGGUCUUUAUUUUUUGUACUUUUAUAUCCAAAUAAAUCCCUCGUCUUUUUUGAGUCUCUCAACAUCUGGGACAUUAAUAAGAAUACAUAAUGGUACUGAUAUAUUGAUCCAAGUGUAAAGUUAGUAUCAAACAUUUGUGAUAAACAAUUUGUAUUUUUCCUACAUACAAACAUCAUGUAUACCCUACAGUGAAGGAGCUAUAUCUGUCCUAGGGCACAUCAUUGUCAGUAAUAGCACACUGUUUACAACACCAACUGGUGAAUACGGCAUAUAUUAUAAGAGUUACUUAUUAACUCUUAUAUGAUAUUGUACUUGCAAUCUAAUGUAUAAGUCUAUUGUGAAUAUACCAUGUGGUAUAUAGUACAACAGAGAUGAUAUUUAAAAUAUAGAUUGUUCAUGUAAAUAAUGAAAAUGACCUAGGAUAGAUAAAUGAUAUUUAACUUGUAGUGGGUAAAUUGAAAUUUACCUAUUGUAGGUAAGUAGAUGUACCUGGUGAGUUAAUAUUUGAUAUCCCUGUUGAAGGUGAAAAGUGAGAUUUACCUUUGUGCGGUAAGCAAUGAGAUUUACUUAAAGUGAGUAAAUAUAAAGAUUUACAUGUUCCUGUGGUUGUUAAAAUAACAUAAUUUACCUGGCAUAGUAAAAUAACAAGAUUCAUCUGCAGUCAGUUAAAUAAUAAGAUUUACCUGUGCUAGGUAAAGAACAAGAUUUACCUGUGGUAGGUACAGUGUAAAGGAUAAGAUUUACCUGUGGUAGGUACAGUGUAAAUAAUAAGAUUUACCUGUGCUAGGUACAGUGUAAAUGAUGAGAUUUACCUGUGCUAGGUAAAGAACAAGACUGAUAUGUGGUAGGUACAGUGUAAAUGAUAAGAUUACCUGUGGUAGGUACAGUGUAAAUGAUGAGAUUUACCUGUGGUAGGUACAGUGCAAAUGAUGAGAUUUAUCUGUGGUAGGUACAGUGUAAAUUAUAAGAUUUACCUGUGGAAGGUAAAUGAUGAGAUUUACCUGUGGUAGGUACAGUGUAAAUGAUAAGAUUUACCUGUGGAAGGUGAAUGAUGAGAUUUACCUGUGCUAGGUAAAGAACAAGACUGAGAUGUGGUAGGUACAGUGUAAAGGAUAAGAUUUACCUGUGGAAGGUAAUUGAGAUUUACCUGUGGUAGGUACAGUGUAAAUAAUACGAUUUACCUGUGGAAGGUAAAUGAUGAGAUUUACCUGUGCUAGGUAAAGAACAAACCUGCGAUGUGGUAGGUACAGUGUAAAGGAUAAGAUUUACCUGUGGAAGGUAAAUGAGAUUUUCCUGUGGUAGGUACAGUGUAAA